CGGGCAUGGACGAGCCUCUCUUCUAAAAGCUAUUUGAGAACAGAUUGGAAUCAAUCGAAUGAACAUCAGAGCAAAUAUAAAAUGAUUAAGCUCCAGGAUCGUUGCUCCAGUUUGUUGUUAUUCGGUCUCUGAUAAGGUGGUGUUUCGAUCAAGCUGCUUCCAGCCUACAGUUUUGAUUCUUAGUUUGAAUCAUGGUUAUUACACGGUUCUAUUGUCCUGCUGAGGAGUCGAAACGUCGGGAUAUUCUGACGAAAUUCCAGAAGGUCAAUAAUAAUGUAAUCAAUUUACAAAUGGAAAAAUGCUACCACAUUCAGAAUACGAAAUUCGCCCAGUUUCCCGCGGAAGUCGAGAAGCUCAUACGAUGGAUCUUGAAAGGACCCCAGGAGGAAGAUAAUUUCAGCAACGAGCCUUCGCUGACUAAAACUAAAUCGAAAGAAGAGUUGAUUGAAAUUGGACCUCGGUUUAAUUUUUCUACUGCCGAUUCUACCAAUAGCGUCAGUAUCUGCAACAACAUUGGACUGUCAUACAUUGAUCGAGUGGAGGUAUCGAUGCGAUAUCUCAUCAGUUUCGGAAGCGAUGCAGUCACCGAACAGGACAUCGAAACACUCUGUGAAACGGUCUGCGACCGGAUGACACAGUUUAGAUAUACUGAUAAAAACACUCCCAAAAAGAAUUUUUAUGAAAACUUCAACCAUUCCGAGGAUCAAUGGUACAUGAUUCCUGUUCUGGAACAUGGAUCUAAAGCAAUCAAAGAAGAGGAUAAAAAAAUGGGGCUUGCGUUCGAUGAUUGGGAUGUCAAUUACUAUACCGACUUGUUUAAGAACAAACUUAAACGAAAUCCAACCAAUGUUGAACUUUUUGAUUGUGCCCAGAGCAACAGUGAGCACUCCAGACAUUGGUUUUUCAAAGGCAAAAUCGUUGUGGAUGGAAUUCCAGAGCCACAGUCAUUGAUUGAAAUGAUCAUCGACACGCAGAGAUUCACAAAUCAAAAUAACACUGUCAAGUUCAGUGACAAUAGCAGUGCCAUCAAGGGUUUUACUCAAAAAAUGUUAAGAGCCACGAAUUUCGCAGAACCUGGUUUGAUGAAGCUGAAGGAAGUUAGCUCAGAUUUAAUAUUUACUGCGGAAACCCACAACAUGCCAACGGCCAUAAGCCCAUUUAGUGGUGCAACCACUGGCACUGGUGGCAGAUUACGUGAUGUUCAGAGCAUCGGUCGAGGUGGUCUUCCAAUUUCUGGGACUGUAGGGUAUUGUGUUGGUUUGUUGAACAUCCCAGACUAUAAAUUACCUUACGAAUCUAGGUUCGAUUACCCACCUUCUUUUUCAAAGCCAUUGAAGAUUCUCAUUGAUGCUAGUAACGGAGCAUCCGACUACGGUAACAAAUUUGGAGAACCCGUUACCCUCGGCUUUACUAUUUCUUUUGGUCUCCUAACGCCUGAUAACGAGCGGUUCGAAUAUGUUAAACCUAUUUUGUUCAGUGGAGGACUUGGAGUAGCGGAUUCCAACCAAGUCACAAAGAUGGACCCAAAGAAAGGUAUGUUGUUGGUGAAACUUGGUGGACCAGUUUACCGGAUUGGAGUGGGUGGAGGUGCAGCUAGCUCGGUUGAGGUACAGGGUGACAACAGCAGCGAACUGGAUUUCAAUGCCGUUCAGCGGGGCGAUGCCGAAAUGGAAAAUAAAUUGAAUCGUGUAGUUCGUGCCUGUAUUGAGAUGGGAGAACUGAAUCCGAUAGUGGCCAUUCAUGAUCAAGGCGCCGGUGGAAAUGGAAACGUGCUCAAAGAAUUGGUAGAACCUGGCUGUGCGGGAGCAAUUAUUUUUGCCAAAGAAUUUAUCCUUGGCGAUCCUACUAUCACACUACAUGAAUUGUGGGGCGCAGAAUAUCAGGAGAAUAACGCCAUAUUGAUUGCGUCGAAGGAUCGACAAAUUCUAGAAGACAUUUGUGAACGGGAAAGAUGUCCUGUAAGUUUUGUAGGAAUGGUUACUGGUGAUGGCUAUGUUACUCUUCUGGAUGAACCUGCUGACUUUUCGAAAACUUACAAUCGGAAGCAAAACAAAACUGUUGCUCCAUUUGAUAUGCAUUUAGAUGAUAUACUCGGGAAAAUGCCACAAAAAGAGUUCAAAUUUCAACGGGCAAAUAUGACUUUGCAGCGGUUCGAUAUCAAUGUUUCUGAAUUAAACGAAGCAUUAGAGAGGGUGCUGUCAUCGGUAACGGUUGGAAGUAAACGAUUUUUAACAAACAAAGUUGAUCGUUGUGUUACUGGUCUCGUAGCUCAACAGCAAUGUGUAGGACCCUUACAUACACCGUUAUCGGACUACGCUAUAUCAGCGAUUUCUCAAUUCGGAUACGAAGGUAUUGCAUCAUCCAUAGGAACUCAACCAAUCAAAGGUCUUGUUAAUAAUGAAGCUGGAGCAAGGCUUUCAGUUUCCGAGGCAAUUUCAAAUUUGGUAUUCGCUGGUAUAACAGAACUAGCAGAUGUCAAAUGUUCCGGUAAUUGGAUGUGGGCAGCUAAAUUGAAAGGAGAAGGUUCAAAAUUAUUAGAUGCUUGCAAAGCCAUGUGCAAAAUGAUGAAAGAGCUGAACAUUGCUGUUGAUGGUGGGAAGGAUUCCCUUUCUAUGGCAGCCCGUGUGAAAUCGGAAACGGUAAAAAGCCCCGGAACAUUGGUCAUAUCAACAUAUGCACCCUGCCCUGACAUAAGGAUUAAAGUAACUCCAGAUUUGAAGGCCCCGAUUUUGAACCAGAGAACAACAUUGGUUUAUGUUGGAAUAGAAAACAAGUUUAGAUUAGGAGGAUCGGUUUUGGCACAAUGUUACAAUCAACUGGGCUCGGCUUGUCCUGAUGUACAUCGUACAGAGGUUCUGGCUCAAGCCUUUAAAACUACACAAAAGUUACUCAAAGCUGGGUCACUUCUCGCCGGACACGAUAUAAGUGAAGGAGGAUUGAUAACAUGUGUAUUAGAAAUGGCUUUUGGUGGGUUAGCAGCGGUCAAAUUAGAUCUUACCAGUGCAUUCAAGGCAUACGACAAGUCAUCGAAUGAUACAUUAGAUACAACAAUUAUGAAUAUACUGUUUGCAGAAGAAUGCGGUUGGGUGUUAGAAAUUGCAUCCCACAAUGAAAAAACCGUUAUAGAAGCCUACCAAGCUGCUGAUGUCCCAUGUUUCAUAAUAGGUGCUGCAUAUGCAGGUGAUGUGCACGACAAUGAUUCCUUUUCACUUCAAGCAUGUGGACAACAAAUUUUAAAAACCAGCGUUAUAAAGCUAUUCAAACUAUGGGAAAGAACUAGUUUUGAAAUAGAGAAACUUCAAAUGAAUGAAGCAUGUGCCAUUGAAGAGUUCCGUACAUUCGAUUAUCGUAGAGGUCCACGUUAUUCAUGUGUAAUCAACCCUGAAUCCAUUAGCCCAGCGACACAACUUACUUCGAAACCCAGGGUAGCUGUUAUUCGCGAAGAAGGCUCAAAUGGUGACCGUGAAAUGUGUGCCGCUUUGUUCGACGCAAACUUUGAGGUUCAUGAUGUUACUAUGACUGAUUUGAUCAAUAGGAAAACCGUUUUGGAUAACUACCGUGGAGUUAUAUUCCCAGGUGGUUUUAGCUAUGCGGACACACUUGGUUCAGCGAAAGGAUGGGCAGCUAGCGUGUUGUACAACGAAGUGUUGUCCGCUCAAUUUAAACAUUUCAAGCUUCGCAACGAUACUUUUUCACUCGGGGUUUGCAACGGAUGUCAACUUAUGGCCCUUAUCGGGUGGAUUUCACUCGACAAACAAGCCACAGAUGGCUCCAAUCUUCCUGAUGUUGCAUUGUUACAUAACAGAUCUGAACGUUUUGAGUGUAGAUGGAGUACAUUGAAAAUCGCGAAAAGCAAUUCGAUCAUGUUGAGGAAGUUGACAGGAAGUGUCAUCGGUUGUUGGGUUGCUCACGGCGAAGGAAGAUUUUCUUUUAAAUCGGAUAGUGUAUUGAAGGACUAUAGAACUCGCAAUUGCGUUGCCAUACAAUACGUUGAUGAUAAUAAUGAACCGACCAUGACAUACCCUAUGAAUCCUAACGGCAGUGUCGAUGGAAUUGCGGCCCUAUGUUCAUCCGACGGUCGACACUUGGCUAUGAUGCCCCAUCCGGAACGAUGCGUAAAGAUGUGGCAGUGGCCAUAUAUUUCACCUGGAUUUCAUUACAAAAUUUCUCCCUGGCACUGUAUGUUUGUCGAAGCUUAUAACUGGUGUAGUGAAUCCCAGUAGGGUCUUCUUACAAUUUCCAAUAAGUUCCUUAGAUUUAUAAUAAAAAUGUUUAACAUCAUU